AUGUCUGCCACUGAAUACAAUAACUUACUCUUCGCAAUAAGUCGGAAACUCGACGAACUGAAUGCACUCGAUCACCUUCUGUUCAUAUGCAGCGGGAAGCUGGCGUCUGGCAGCGAAGGUAACAUCCACGAUACUCUGUCGUUGUGUAAAGAGUUAGAGGUAAAUAAUAAUUUAGGAAGUGAUCGCCUCCAGCUAAUGAAAAGGCUGUUGAAGGGUGUCGAAGACUGGGCUCUUCUUGAAAAAGUGGAGAGAUUCGAGUGCAAAAGAAAGGAAUACAAGGCCUUGCUUGCUUCACUCGACGCGCUCAAUGAUUUGGAACGACUGAUCGCGAUAUGCAGGGGAAGUGUUCGCGAAGAGAGUGAAGGCAACAUUGAGGAUGUUCGCUCGCUGUUUAAAGAACUGGAGAACCAAGACAAUCUUGAGAUUGACUAUCUAGCUGAAACAGAGUCAAACGAGCUUUUGAAGGAACUUGAACAG